CCUUCGAGAAGAAGAAGAUAAAAAGAAAAAAAAAACUUCACUAAAAAAAAGCAGAAGAGAAAAAAAAACGAAGAAGAAGAAAAGGAGAACAAAAAUGGCGGCGACUUCUAGAAAAAGCAGCGGACCAGUGCUCCGUUCACUCUCUCCCUCCGGAAGAUUCUGUUACAGUUCUCACGUGCCGUCGCCGAUGCCGAUGCCGCGGCCUUCCGCCACUGCCUUCGCCUCCUCCACCUCAAGCUUUACCUCUCGCUCCUCCACCUUCUUCCACCGGAGACCCGCCCCUCCACCUCGCUACGCCGCAGCAUCAUCAUCCGCCGCAACCGUAAGAUUCUCCAUCGACCGUCCGACGUCUCCCGGCCGGUCGAUCUCCGCCGUCGGCCACUCACCGCGCACCGCUGGCCAGAUCGUCCGGAACCAGAUACCUUCACAGCAGAAGCGUACCUGUAUGUGCUCCCCGACGAACCACCCUGGAUCCUUCCGCUGCAGUCUCCACAAGGCGGCGGCGGCGCGUGGAUCUCACGCGCCGUCAAGUUACUCGCCGAAUAACCGCCUUCACGCGCGGAGAUCGGCCAUGACGAACUCGUUGGUGCGGAUCUGUGGGGUAGAGGGAGAUCUGGUGAAACGAGCACUCGCGGCACUCAUCCGGCCGUCGUCGCACCAGCAGCGCCGCCGCGCAGAUUUCCGGCCACGGCAGAGUCGCCUCUCCGUUAUGUCAAAGGCCGAUGAAUCCUGCUCAUGAUAUUCACCGGCGACGAUGACAUCGUCAUCCCGGUGUUUUUUGAAAUCUCCGGCGACUGUGAAAUUGACGAAUUUCUUUUAAAAUUCUAUAGAUAACCGCGUGUGGGUGUAUAUAUAUAGACGAGGAAUAUAGAACAUGAUUUGCUCCGACGGCGAAUCUGUGGUACAAAUCGAAAUGAUGACAAAAAAUUCGAAUUUUGCAAUUUUCUCAGAAUCAAAAUCAUUGAUGAAUUUAUAAAAAAACAGAUGUCGAAAUUGAAGAACGAAUUCUUCAAAUCCAUGGAACAAUUUGUUGAAGGCGUCUGUGUUCGUCGUCUCCGUCUGUUUUUCCGUUUUCCGUCGUCUUUUCCGUCCGUUUUAACGUUUCCCGUCCGUUUUAACGUUUUUCCGUCGUCGUCUUCGUUUUGUAGGUGUACGUGCUCUCCUGCGUUGGGUAGCGUCGAUCUCUCCUCCGGUUUAAUGAAGGAAAUCACAAGAUUCUGAUUCUGCGAACCUAAAUUGUUGAACUCUAUAAAUUACGUUAAUGAUCACUAAUGACCGUGUUCGAGAUUUCCAACAAUGGAGGAGGAUUGGGACUGAUAUAUCCCGCAAAAAGAAAAGUAAAAGAAGCUUAUAUUUCGAUAAUUAAUUUUAAAAAAAAAGAAUAAUUAUAUGAA